CGUUUUGUAUGGCGUUAGUUUUUCCCCGACAAACAUGGCUGCCUCGCCAAUUUCAGUUGAGAAUCUUUCCCGCCAAGAACCGAACUGUCCAUUCUUGAAAACUUUAGUCGAGUUCUCGCCGUUGAUGUCCGGAGGCAACGGCUUCUUUGUCGGUUCAUCACCCCCCCUUGUCCGUAAUCGUCAAAACCCGAUCAGUAUCUAUCGAAAGUUCCAAGCUUUUUCGUCUCCCGUUUCCUUUUUCGGCAUCAAAUGGGAAGGAAGAGCAUGGCGAGCUUGAAGAGAACCUCAUCUUCGGUCGCUUCUCUGGUCCAAUUCGCCUUCUUCAGCUCGCUCCCUGCUCCCGAAAUUCAACCAUCGAACGGCUCAAAUCCCUCCUCAACGUCUCCGCGAAAGCCGAGCCCAAAAACCCGGAACGCGCAGAAGGGUUCCGUCAGUGGCUCGACCUACUCGUGUUACACUGAUCUCUUGAAGUCUUGCAUCGCCCGAAAAGCGUUGGGUCUCGGCAAACAACUGCAUGCCCGCUUGUGCUUGCUUGGGCUGGGGUUUGAUCCCAGCAUAGCGACCAGAUUGGUCCAUCUUUACUGUGAUUGCGACUCCUUGCGGCAUGCCCACCUCCUGUUUGAUAGAAUUCCCAAGAGAAAUAAUUUUCUUUGGAAUGUCUUGAUUAGGGGCUACGCGUGGAAUGGGCCUUACGAGGCUGCAAUAACGCUUUACUACCGAAUGCUCGAGCACGCGCUCUUGCCCGAUAACUAUACGUUUCCCUUUGUGCUCAAAGCAUGCUCAGCACUUUCUGCAAUUGGACAGGGGAGAGAGAUUCAUGAGCAUGUUAAGAAUACUGCGUGGGAAAAGGAUGCUUUUGUGGGUGCAGCACUGAUUGACAUGUAUGCAAAGUGUGGUUGUGUGGAGGAUGCUUCUGCAGUUUUCAACAUGAUUCACAAAAGAGAUGUGAUAUUGUGGAAUUCGAUGCUUGCAGCCUGCUCCCGAAAUGGUUGCUCAUAUAAGUCACUUACUUUGUGCCGUGAAAUGGCGUUGGCAGGUAUAAGGGCAAGUGAAGGCACAUUUGUCACUACAAUUUCAGCUUCAGCUGACAUUGCUGUUCUUCCCCAAGGAAGGGAGCUGCACGGUUUAAGUUGGAGAUGUGGGUUUGACUCUAAUGACAGGGUGAAAACUGCUUUGGUAGAUAUGUAUGCUAAGUGUGGUUCAGUCAAGGUAGCCAGGACUUUGUUUGGGCUUCUUAAGGGUAGAGACGUCGUCUCGUGGAAUGCCAUGAUUAGUGGGUACGCGAUGCAUGGUUAUGCUGCAGAAGCAUUGAAUUUAUUUGAAGAAAUGCGGGAACAAUCUUUCCCUGAUCACAUUACUUUUGUUGGUGUACUCUCUGCUUGCAGCCAUGGUGGCUUGCUCAAUGAAGGUUGGAAGUUCUUUGAAUUGAUGGAGAGGUAUUAUAAUAUAGUACCCACAGUUCAGCAUUACACUUGCAUGGUUGAUCUCCUUGGUCACUGCGGUCGAUUGGAUGAAGCAUGGAACCUGAUAAGGCAAAUGAAAGUUGUUCCUGAUUCUGGUGUCUGGGGUGCUCUACUGAAUUCAUGUAAAAUCCACGGUGAAAUGGAGUUAGCUGAACUAGCUCUAGAAAAGCUGAUCGAACUGGAACCUGAUGAUGCUGGCAACUAUGUGAUUUUAUCUAAUAUAUAUGCUCAGGCAGGGAAAUGGGAAAAAGUAUCGAAACUCAGAAACUCAAUGACAAACAGGGGAAUAAAGAAAACUGUUGCAUAUAGCUGGGUUGAAGUGAAAAACCAAGUCCACACAUUUCUUACAGGAGACACUUCCCAUCCCAUGAAUGAUGAAAUUUAUGCUGAACUGAAGAGGGUAGAAGGAUUGAUUAAAGAAGCUGGCUACGUCCCAGAUACUGGAUCUGUUUUCCAUGAUGUAGAGGAUGAUGAGAAAACUCAUAUGAUAUGUAGUCACAGCGAGAGGCUAGCAAUUGCAUUUGGACUCAUUACUAGUCCACCUGGGUCUAGGCUUCUAAUAACCAAGAAUCUCCGAGUGUGCGAGGAUUGCCAUGUCGCCAUUAAAUUUAUCUCGAAAGUCACAGACAGGGAGAUCACCAUUAGAGAUGUGAAUCGCUACCAUCAUUUCAAGAAUGGAAGUUGUUCUUGUGGUGACUACUGGUAA